AUGACGGAGCGCGUUCUAUUUCUUGGAUUUGUUGUUAAUGCAGAAGGGAUACAUAUUGAUGAGAAGAAGGUAGAAACAAUACAGAACUGGCCCAUUCCUAAAACUAUUUUAGAAGUUCGCAGUUUUUAUGGACUUGCUACUUUCUAUCGGUUCACCAAAAUGGUGCAUUUUAUUCCUUGCAAAAAAACUAAUGAUGCUUCUCAUAUUGCAAAACUCAAUGUUGCCCAUCCCCAAACUGAUGGUCAAACUGAAGUGGUAAACCGCACUCUUGGUAGUCUUCUGCGUUACAUUUGCAGUGAUAAGAAAACUGCUUGGGAUCUUGUUUUUGCCCAAACAGAAUUUACUUACAACAGUUUUGUCCAUAACUCUACAAAAAUGUCACCCUUUGCAGUUGUGUACAAUAAUACCUUACGAAAGCCAAUGACAAGUAUAAAGCUGCAGUUGAUAAACAUAAGCGUUUCAAGUCUUUCAACGUCGAUGAUCGAGUUAUGGUGUAUUUGCGCAAGGAAUAUGCUAACCAAGUAUUUAAACCCACACGAACUUCAUCUUUUCAUCGACUGGUCAAAGUUUUCACACCAAAUACAACCACAGCCUCUUCCGUCCUCCCAACAAUUUAGGGAUUUAGAUUUCCGAACUUCUCAUCUUCUCUCCGUUGUUCUCUCAAUGGCGGUAGCAUCUGCGAGCACUUUCGCUGCUGCCUCUGUUGCUUCUAGGCGUAUGCAAUCAAACUCAUCUACUGUCUCUUCUUCUUAUUCGUCUUCUUUUUGUCAUGGAUCGCAAUUCUUCUACGAGCUAUCGAAGAAGGGGAGUGAUCGGAAGUCACUGGUUUUUCACCGAGGUCUUUCUUUGAGGUGUGAGGUUGUUUCUCGGAGUUUGGAUCCUAUUGAUAAGGUUGAUUCUAAGAAGUCCAAUAUUAUCGCCCUUGAGCAACUCAAAGCAUCUGGGAUUGAUAGAUAUACAAAGGAAAGGAGCAGCAUUGCUGUCAUAGGGCUUAAUGUUCACACUGCACCAGUUGAAAUACGGGAGAAACUCGCCCUUCCAGAAGCCCAGUGGCCUCAAGCAAUUGAUGAGCUUUGUGCUCUGAAUCAUAUACAAGAAGCUGCCGUUCUUAGUACUUGCAACAGAAUGGAAAUAUAUGUUGUAGCUUUGUCUCAACAUCGUGGGGUUAAAGAAGUGACUGAAUGGAUGUCUAAGAUUAGCGGGGUUCCUGUUUCUGAGCUUUGCCAACACCGGUUUAUGUUGUAUAACAAAGAUGCCACAAGACACCUAUUUGAAGUAGCUUCUGGACUUGACUCAGUUGUGCUAGGAGAGGGUCAAAUCCUUGCCCAGGUGAAGCAAGUUAAAAAGCUUGGACAAGGAGUAUCUGGCUUUGGCAGGAAAAUCAGUGGGCUGUUUGAACGUGCAAUCAUUGCUGGGAAGCGGGUUAGAACUGAAACUAAUAUUGCCUCAGGGUCAGUUUCAGUCAGUUCAGCUGCUGUAGAACUUGGUCAAAUGAAGCUUCCAGAGUCUUCAUAUGGUGCUGCUAGAGUUUUGGUAAUUGGAGCUGGCAAGAUGGGGAAACUAGUAAUUAAACACUUGGCUGCAAAAGGGUGCACCAAAAUUGUGAUUGUGAAUAGAACUGAGGACAGUGUUGAUGCCAUAAGGGAAGAGCUCAAGGAUACUGAAAUCGUGUAUAAACCCCUUUCAGAAAUGGUGGCAUGUGCUUCUGAAGCCGAUAUUAUUUUCACAUGUACUGCAUCAGAGUCUCCUUUGUUUUUGAAAGAAGAUGUAGAUAGACUUCCCCCUGUGGACCCAAAAGUUGAAAGGCGGUUUUUCAUUGAUAUUUCUGUUCCAAGAAACGUAGAACCAUCCAUCUCAGAUCUUGAGACGGCAGAAGUUUACAAUGUAGAUGAUCUCAAGGAAGUUGUGGCUGCUAAUAAGGAAGAUCGACUCAGGAAAGCUAUGGAAGCACAGGGAGUUAUUUGUGAGGAAUUGCAGAAGUUUGAAGCUUGGAAGGAUUCUCUUGAGACUGUUCCUACCAUCAAGAACUUGCGUGCUUAUCUAGAAAGGAUAAGAGCUUCUGAACUGGACAAGUGUAUGUCAAAGAUGGGCGACAUUUCAGAGAAACAAAAGAAGGCCAUCUCUGAUCUUAGCAUAGGUAUGUUGAAGAAGUUCCUACAAGGUCCUAUGCAGCACCUUAGACUUGAUGCAAACGGCUGCCGUAAGCCAGAAGAGUUGCUUGAAAUUAUGCAUGCCGUCAAUACAAUGUUUGACCUUGAGACGGAGAUAAUUCUGGAUACAGUUCGAACGAAGGUACAACGAAACCAGAAGUAAAGGUAUUCAGAUUAGAUCUAGUUCAAUUUUGACACGCUCAAACCAUUACAUUCAAUCCAGGGAUACGAUCCUCACCAUUUUUUCUCUCCAAUUCAUUCAUUUAAAAUAGCGAAUACGUUUGGAGACCAUUAUUUUGUAGUUCUUUUUUCCGAAAACAGAAGGAAAUGAUCGGUAGUCACUUGACAUUUGUAAUGUUAUACAGCAAAAGAAAUAAAAGAAAAAGGAGUUGAAAGGUUCAUAAGAG